UUGUCUGCUGAGAAGAAGAAGCCUCUGUGACCGUGAGGUGUUUGCCAAGUCAGAAGGAGAAGAAACGUGCUGAAUGAAAAGGAUGAUUUUUUCUGUUUUGGUGCACAACCUCAGGUGUUCUCUGCUGCGCAUUGAAAAUAGACUUCUCCAGAUAACCGGACUGGAUGCACAGCUGGCUCCAAGUCUGGCAGUGAAUGGUCCCAGUCUUCUGCCCCGGAUCGACCAGGACUCGCAGCACGAUGAGGAGCAGACCACCAGCCUCCUGGACAGUAUCCUGUGGAUGGCGGCCCCCAAGAAGAGACGGACCAUAGAGGUCAACAGAACCAGAAGGAGAGAUGAAAGAAAAUUUGACAAAGUUAAGUACAACAUCGAGCCGUGUCCAGAGUGCGGCCAUUUGAAGCAGAACUACAUCCUGUGCGGCUUCUGUUACGCUAAGGUUUGCAGGGAGACCGCUCUGAUUCGUCAACAGAUCAAGGAAAUGGAAGACGGCCCCCUGAGGGCCCCGACCGUGGAGACCGUCGUCCUGUAUGAGGGGGAAACACCAAGCGAACAGGACAGAGAGAAGAGGAUAGUGGAGCGGCCCAGGAAAAGACCUGCCUGGUUCAGCCACUAAUACAGAGGACGUUCAGGCUUGUUGAUAUGAGUUUAACAGAGAUGAACAACAUAUGUCAGUGUGUAUGUUUUUUUUUUUUUUCCACAAGCGCAUUUGUUGUAAGAAAUCAGCUGUCUUAAUGUCAGACAAGUUGCUCAUGUGUUAGAGAUGAAUAUGACAGAGGAACAUGAUGUGUAAAUGUUUAAAAGUAAAGUCAUUCAAUAGGAAAAAACAUUGUUUGGACCUUUUCUUUAUACCUUUGUAUCUUUUGAUUGAAGGUGCAGCACUGCCUCUCCUUUCACAAUAAAGCUCACAAAAACAUUA